AUGAAUGAUGUUGGUCUUAAUACACUAGAACGAGAUCCUAGUUUGCGUAUCCAAAUUUAUGAUUAUCCAAGCAAUAAACGAGAUACAGUUCCACGAGCUUAUAUGAAUCUUGGUCCCUUUCAACCAACACUUUCUGCAUAUCCAAAAUCUGGACCAGAAGACUAUAAACGUAGCUUUCAAGAUCGUAAGAAGAAUAGAUUGAGAUUGAAAGUUGUUAUUUAUGCAGUCCGUUGGUGUGCCUUUCAAGCAAUUGCAUUUAGAGGUCAUAAUGAAAGACCAUAUUCCAUUAACAAAGGAAAUUUCCUUGAAAUGUUGGAGGCAAUAUGUUCUUUUAACAAUGAGAUGAAAAAAUUGUUUCAUACUGCUCCUAAACAUGCAUCACAUACAUCACCAACAAUUCAAAAGGAGAGUUUAAACCUUAUCUCUAAUAGGGUGAGACGGAUGAUUUGUGAGGAGAUUGAUGGUGGAAAAUUUAGUUUACUUGUUGAUGGAGCACGUGAUGAGUCUAAAAGAGAACAAAUGUCUAUUGUUUUGAGAUUCGUAAAUAAAGAUGGCGUUAUUAUGGAGCGUUUCUUUGGACUUGUUCAUGUUCCUGACACUACAUCACAAACCCUGAAGGAUAGAAUAUAUUUUCUAUUGACACAUAACAAUCUUGAUUUUAAGUCGAUUCGUGGCCAAGGGUAUGACGGUGCAAGCAAUAUGCGAGGUCAUUUCAAAGGUUUACAAGCAUUGAUUUCAAAGGAUUGUCCAUCUGCAUAUUAUGUUUAUUGUUUUGCUCAUCGUUUGCAAUUAGCAUUAAUGGCCGCUUCACAAGGAGUUAUUGUGGUGCAAAAGUUUUUUACUAAAUUAUCUUUUGUUAUCAACAUCGUUGGUGCUUCUUCCAAGCGUUCUGACCAACUAAGAGAUGCACAAGCCGAACAAAUGGCAUAUUUUAAAUCUAUUGGUGAAUUGGAGAGUGGUAGAGGCCUCAAUCAGAUUGGUACAUUACAACGGGCUGGGGAUACCAGAUGGGGUUCUCACUUGAAAUCGGUUUGA